AUGUCUUUCAACAACGGCAAGCCGUAUGCAGCUGACGUUCCGGUGACAGACAUGGAUGAGCUGGACGAAGACAUCAUACACCCCAACCACCAUGAUGAAACAUACAACAGCCGGGCGCCAAUACGUAACCACGAAAACUUUCUCCGGGGUCUAGAUUAUGAAAACGAUAAUGAUGGCAACAAUGCACGGCAGAAACAUGGAUUUAUAAGCAAAUACUUCACAUCCGUCCUUGGCGGCAAACCCAACCGAAGUAAUGACUAUGAGUUAGUGCUGCAUUCGGAUUCAGCCGAGACCCCUCCGGAUCAAGACUGGCGGGUCGAUGAUGACGAAUAUUAUGAGCCACCUAUAGAUGUCAGCGAGCACAGACUCAAGUUGUUGGAGAGAAAAGUCAAGAAUAGGACGAUAAUCGGUGGUGUCACCUUGGCUGCGGUUGCCAUUGUGUUUUUGGUUCUCUAUUUGACUAAACUGAACUUGCCAAUCAACACCAAGGGUGUAGAUGGUAAUGGUGGUCAUCGAAUGAUUUUUACAAAUUCAACGCAUGAUUUCUACAAGACCACCAUCGUGAUAUCCUUGGAUGGAUUUCAUCCGCACUACGUUAGUCCGCAAGACACACCGACUUUGCAUAAUAUGAUGGUGAAUGAUUACGGGGCUCCCUAUAUGAUUCCAAGUUUCCCCUCGCUGACUUUCCCCAAUCAUUGGACUUUAGUCACGGGUCUAUACCCGUCAGAGCACGGUAUUGUUGGCAAUACUUUCUGGGACCCCAAGUUGCAAAAACAAUUCAUCAACACUGAUCCCAAAGUUGGUGGCUUGGAUCCUGAUUUUUGGCAAGGCGGUGAACCUAUAUGGCAAACGGCGAAAAAUCAAGGUUUGAAAAGUGCCAUCCACAUGUGGCCUGGUUCAGAAGUUCCGCAUGUGGGUCCCGAUGUUGAUUUUGACAAGUUCAACGGUAGCGAAUUGUUGUCGGCCAAAGUCGAUAGAGUCAUGGGAUGGAUUGACCGCGAUAUAAGCCAACGGCCAGAGUUGAUUUUGACCUAUGUUCCCACUGUGGAUGAGUUUGGCCAUAAAUUCGGCAUCUCGGGAAGCAACUUGACGGAAAGUUUGGUUUACGUGGAUAAUUUCAUCGCAUUGAUGAAGUUGGAGUUGCAUAAGAGACACCUUGACGAUCUUGUCAACUUGAUCAUUCUCAGUGACCAUGGUAUGGCGCCAACUUCAAACGAUCGUCUUUUGUAUCUCGAUGAUUUUGUCAAUUUAAACAAAAUCGAACACAUUGACGGCUGGCCCUUGUUUGGAUUGAGACCUUCGAAGGAUAACAAUGUUGAAGAAUUGUACAAUGAAAUCGUUGCCAACUUUGCAAAACUUGAUCAAGAGCUCACCAAGAAUUACCACAUUUAUAAAAUGGAGGAUAUACCACAACGCUUACAAUUUGGGGGCCAAUUGGACGCUCACAGAUUCAACUACCGUUUAGCUCCAAUUUGGAUAUUCCCCGAUGUCGGUUACCUGAUCACUACUCAUCAACAGAUGAAAGAUAACGAUUUCGAUUACAAGCCCAAGGGUGUUCACGGUUAUGACAAUACGCAUUUGUUGAUGAGAGCAAUUUUUAUUGCUGACGGCCCCUAUUUCAAAUCUAGACUAGGCAACAAAAAAGUGAAACCAUUUGCCAAUACUGAAGUUUACAACAUCAUUUGCGACACGUUGGAUUUGGUCCCUGCAGCAAACAACGGCACUUUGUCAACACAGGAUAUAUUCGAUGCACACUUGCCCGAAGCAUGGAGCGACGAUUUGGAUUUCCCCAAUUUGCCCUUUGAAGUUGAACAUAUUGUAAGAAAUAAUGCCACUUAUGACCAACUCUAUAGAAAAGGGGAUCGCAAAUCGCUUCAAAAUGCAAAAGAGAAUCCCACGCCAAGUGAAGCAUUGAAGUCAGAGGCCUCAACCAUUACCCAGCUCGUGACGGAAGCACUUCCAAAGCCCAGUGAUUUCCAAGCCACGACCGAGACCACCACCGCAGCGCAACAACAACAACAACCCACAGGAAUCAACACAUCGACACUGGUGGCAACAACAACGAAACUUCCUCAUAAAGGGUUUGGUGAAAUUUUCAACGACAUUAUGGAAGAGAUCGAAGAUGGUACUGAGAGGAUUGGUGAUUGGAUACAUGAUUUUAUAGACGAUAUUUUUUAG